UCAGGAGCAAAACCCCACGCAACCAUCGAAUCCCCGGCUCUCUCUCCCCUCCUUGCCUAGCCUAGCGGUGUAGGGUUUCUCUUUCGCGCUUCCACCGUGCUCCGCCGCAAGCCGCCGCAUGGACGGCGCCACCGCCACCGCUACUGACGCCGGUCGCCCCUUGCCCCGCGGUUCUUCCUGUGAUGUCAGAAAUAGACAAGAAAAUUACAAAGAGAACACAAGCUACCAACGGUCCAAUGAUAUUAGGGCACAUAAGGAAAGGCAAUCAGAAUGGACAAAACCUGGAAGAGUUUUCAAUCGAAACAUCAGUAGAGGAGGUUAUUCUCGAAGUUCAUUCUCUGGAGUUACUCAGGAGUUUCGUGUUGUGAAAGACAACCGAAUUAAACAGAAGGCAGAUGGUGAUACUGUACCAGGAUCAUUUCACAACGGAGACUCUAGCAGUGAACAUACAGUUACGAAUAUUGGAGACAAAAGCUCAACUGAAAAGUUGUCUGAUGGACAUGGAACAACUCAAGCUGACAAUGGACACAAAGUUGCUGCUCAAGCCCAUGGUAAAGAAGUCAAGCUAUCUAGCGAUCAACGCCUGGAACAAUCUGAAAGGAUGAGAACACCUUUGGUUGGUUCACAUGCACUUCAGGAAAAGGGCAAACAAAACAAAGAACUAGCUGCACCAUCAGUGACAAAUAAUUUUACUCAAGAACUUUGCUGUUCUUCAUCAGAUCCAAUCCAUGUACCUCCUCCUGGAUCUAGACCAGUUGGAACAUUUGGUGCCAUAAAGCGUGAAGUUGGAGUAGUUGGUGCUAGGCAACGGCCUUCUGAUAUUGCAGCAACAAACAUAUCUACUUCAAACAGCUUAGCCACAGUGACAAUGGUGAUGAAGGAUAAUGCUUCAAGUGAACAUCAAUCUAGAUUAUCUGUUGUCCCAUCAAAAACCUCCCAUUCCAGUUCAUCUGUUUCAUUGAGCAGUAGGCCAUUUCUGCCAAGUCAAGUCUAUUCGAAGCCAAGCAUCCAUGUUGGUCAUUCAAAAGGUAACCCACAUUUGGAGUGGAAGCCAAAAUCAGUCCGCCCCACUUCUGUUAAUUGUGCAGCUAAUGUUGCACCUUCCAGUGCUACAUCAUCUGCUGAUGUUCAUCAGGUGGGCAUGGCUUGUUUGUCUAAGAAGCUUUCACAAGCUAAUGUGUCUAAAGAUGAACGUGUCAUCAUGCCUGAACACCUCAAGGUACCUGACAAUGAAAGAACACAUCUUAUCUUUGGCACUUUUGAAUCUGAAGCCAAGUCGAAUGCUUCUACAUCAUCACCUAUUGCCACGAGUAAAGAAGGGUUGGAUGUUCAUUCUUCUACAAGAUUGACACCAUUAAAUUCUGUCAGAUCAAGUGAUGAAGUGCGUCCUGGUGACCAAACGGAUCAUGUUGGUUCUUGUGCCACACUUCCACAGUCAGAUGUUCUUUCAUUUUCUGAACACCAGCAGUCAUCGAUUGUUGACAUUGGCCCGAGUCCUGGUGUUAUUGGCGAGUACAGGACAAAUGAGAUGAUUUCAAACAAGAUUGCACAUUCUGUGCCUCAACCCCAAUAUCAGGACAAUUAUGCUGUUCAGAACUUUAAGGCAUACGAACCGGAUUCUAAGUACGAGAUGCCAUUUAUCACUAAAUCUAUUGAUGGCGAAACAGUCCAAACUAGAUCAUAUCCGUCGGAGAUCAUGGGCUUACAUCCUUCAAAUGUCAAUCAGUUAUCUGUAUCUUCAGCAUCUCAACAACCAGUUCCCCAGAUGUACCAACAGGUUCAAGUACCACAGUAUCCAAGCUUUUUGCCGUAUCGGCAUGUUUUCUCUCCAUAUUACGUGCCUCCAGUGGCUGUCCCAAACUAUUCAAGCAAUCCUUCAUUUCCUCAGUUGCCACAUGCCAGCAACUACUUGGUAAUGCCAAAUGGAGCCUCUCAUGAAAUUGGCAGCAUGAAGUUUGGAACUCCUCAUCAGUACAAGCAAGUGUUCCCUGGCAGCCCUGCUGGAUACGGUAGCUAUGCAAAUCAGAGUGGCUACCCUGUUAGUAACUGUAUAAUUGGCAGCACAGGUGCUGUUGAGGAUGCCAGUAUGAGUAAAUACAAGGACAACAACAAUAUGUACACACCCAAUCAACAGGCUGAAACAACGGAUUUAUGGAUUCAGGCUCAUAGGGACAUUCCUAGCAUGCCAACAACACCAUUCUACAAUAUGAUGGGACGACCAAUGUCACCCCACACAGCAUACUUGCCAGCACACAAUGGUCAUGCCCCUUUCAACCCAGCUCCACAUCCUGCUCACUUGCAGUUCCCGGGCUUGCCACAUCCAUUGCAGCCUACAUCGAUGACCAUGGUGCAGAAUCCACAAUCCAUGGUACAUCAGCCUGCUGGAAAUAUGGGCAUUGAUAUGGCAGCCAUGGCUCCUGGAGCUCAGGCUGGAGCAUUUCCUGGAGCUCAGGUUGGUGCAUUUCAGCAAAACCAACUCGGCCAUCUCGGUUGGGCUCCUCCAAACUAUUGAAGGUAUUGGUGGCACUUGCCUCAUGAGAAGUGUAGUGAUUCCACAUUGCGAAGAAACACAACUGAUUAAGAGCUAUGCUGUAAUGCAAUAGAUACUCGUGAUGAAUGCCAGUUUUUCUGUUUGGCUUUAUAAUGAUAAAAAGGGGGAAACAAUUUUUUCAGUCCAUGGUUCACAACAUAUAAGUAUUGUUCAGUCAUCGUAUCUGUUCCUUAUUUUCGAAGAUAGUUAUUUUUUUUAA